GCGCCCGCAGCUUUGGCACUCUGCAGCUGCUGGACUUUCCGGACCCAAGUUUACACAUUAACAGUCAUAUCCAGAGUGUUUAGUUUUACAUUUUCAUCCAGCAAAUAGUCUAAAAGCGUUUUCUUUCCUUAACCAGGAGGGAGGCUGCAGAGGGCAGCCCCUUUUCCUCCCUUUUCCUCCCUUCCCCUGCUGCCCUGCAGCCCGGGCGGAGAUGGUCCGGCUGCAGGCCAUGCAGGAGCGGCUUUAAUGCGUGCAUGCAGAGCCCUCUCCCGGGGAAACAACCGCAUCUUACCGCGGGCCGGUCCAGCCGCUCCCAGGCAUGAACAGCCACCCCCAGAGCCGCAGGGCUGCCAACGCCGGCUCGCUGUUGCUCACGCCGCAGGAGAACGAGUGUCUGUUCGGAUACCUGGGCAGGAAAUGCGCCACUCUGUGUUCGGCCGUGGUCCAGGUGUACGGGGCGGACCGGACGUGCAGCUGGGUGAAGAAGUGCUGCGGCGUGGCCUGCCUGGUCAAAGACAAUCCCCAGAGGUCCUACUACAUCAGGGUGUUUGACAUAAAGGAAGGGAGAACCAUGUUUGAGCAAGAACUGUAUCACAACUUCUCCAUCAGCAGCGCCAGACCGUACUUCAUCUCAUUUUCAGGAGAUAGCUGUCAGAUCGGUCUGAACUUUGCAAGUGAGGAGGAGGCCAAAAGAUUCAGAGUGGCAGUCAAUGACCUGCUCAACCGACGGCAGCGGAAAACGGAAAAAAGAGGUGACCUGAAAUUUGGUCCGGCUCUGCCCAUGGCCACGGUGGACAUCAAGAACCCGGAGAUCAACAACGUCCGGUUCCACAACUCCCACGGCCCCCAGCAGCCGUACCAGCUCAACAACAUGCUGAGCCACAGCGCUCUGAUCCGCAGAGACAAGAAGACCAAAGGCAAGAAGAAGAAGCUGACCAAGGCCGACAUCGGCACGCCCAGCAACUUCCAGCACAUCGGUCACGUGGGCUGGGAUCCAAACACAGGUUUUGAUCUGAACAACCUGGACCCCGAACUGAAGAACCUGUUCGACAUGUGCGGCAUCUCCGAGGCUCAGCUGAAGGACAGAGAGACGUCCAAAGUCAUCUAUGACUUCAUUGAGAAGAAGGGAGGAGUGGAGGCCGUGAAGAACGAGCUGAGGAGGCAGGCGCCCCCUCCACCUCCCUCCCGUGGUGGCCCCCCUCCUCCUCCUCCUCCUCCCCCUCACAGUUCACCUGCCCCCCCACCUCCCCCGUCCAGGGGGGGCCGAGGAGCCCCCCCUCCCCCUCCUCCGUCCAGGGCCCCGGUUUCAGCUCCUCCUCCCCCUCCACCCUCCAGACCUGGAACUCUGGGAGCGCCGCCUCCCCCUCCUCCUCCCACCAGGGGGGGUCACCAGCCCCCCCCACCUCCCCAACACUACCACCACCAUCAGCCUCCUUCAUCUUCUGUCGCUCCUCAAGCUCCUCCUCCUCCUCCACCUCCCCCACCAUCAUCCCAGCAGUCUCCUGCAAGCUCCGUGCCUGCACCAGCUCCAGCUGCUGCUCCUCCGCCUCCCCCCCCUCCGCCGCCCGGCCCCCCUCCUCCACCUGAGCUGGACGGUGUAGGUGGAGGCGGGGACUCGCCUCACUCUCCCGUCACGGGCGGGAAGUCGGCCCUGCUGGAGCAGAUCAGAGGAGGAACGCAGCUGAAGAAAGUGGAGCAGAACCACAAAGCGCCGGCCUCCAGCACGGGACGGGACGCCCUGCUGGACCAGAUCCGGCAGGGGAUUCAGCUCAAGACUGUGCCGGAUCAUUGUGAAUCUGGGCCUCCAACUCCAGCCCCCACGGCGGGCAUCGUUGGUGCUCUCAUGGAAGUGAUGCAGAAGAGGAGCAAAGCCAUCCAUUCUUCAGACGAAGACGAGGAUGACGACGAAGAUGAGGACUUUGAGGAUGAUGAUGAAUGGGAGGAUUAGUGAAGAUGUUCCUCCUCAACCCCUCUGCCCCUGCACCUGACAAAAAAAGUCUCCUGAAAAUCUUCCAGAAUCUGACUACAGUUGUAAAUGUUAUGUAUGAUUUUGUUGUCUAUUUAUUUUAGUUUGUUUUUUUUUUAUUCCUCUAAUCUGUGCAAUACCUCAUCCGUUAGACUGUUGGGUUCAUCACACGCCGCGGUGGUAACAGCUGCUUCACUCCCCACGGGUCAAUAGAAGGCACUUAAACGACAUCUGCAUUUCCCUCACAACUAACCUGCAGUGUAAAACGCCAAUUAGAGAAAUUGGGGUGCCCGUCUGCUCAUGGGAAAUAUCCGUCUGCUCACUUCUUCAUUCCUUUGUUUGAGACAUUUUUAAGGGAGCCUCGCGUAACCGAACACGCAGGAUCCUCUUUGUGUUUGAUAGUCGUUGGGUGAAAUGCAAAAUAACACUAUUUUCUUAACAUAUUUCUUUUCUACCCUUCGUGUUUCCUACUAAAGUGUGGUUUAGUCAUAUUUUUUCAUGAAGAUACUUAAUGACCAAAAUGUGGUGAUUCAGUCACCUCAAGUGGAUCGUGGUUUAAUUUUUAUGUAAGUAAAGUGGUUAUUUGCACACAGUCUCUGUAAUAGGACUUGAUUUUCUUUUUUUUUUGGUCUUGUUUUUCGGUGUGCAUUUGUCAAUGAUACAUUUUUUAUUCUUUUUGUAUGUGUAGUGGGAUUCGGUGAUGAAGACGUGGUUUCAGACUUGCCCAACAAUGUUUGUUUUAUUUUAUUGUUUCAUCCUAACACACAAACUAGCACACUGUGUGGUAUGUCUGAUAUGACUGGAGCUUUGUUCUCAUGUCUGGCUGCUUUCUUGCAUUAGUCCAUGUAAGAGGAAGCAUCAGUAAUCUUUCACAGCACAGCCAAAAAAAAAAAAGGAAUCAUCUUUCUUCCUCCUCCGUCCCUCCAUUCACAAAUUAUGAUUUUAUGCAAUGCAAAUGUUUAUGCCUCCAAAUGGAACAAUGUUACAAAAGCAAAUAAUAAUGAACCAAAUGUGGCAUUUUCAAGCAGCUUGUGGGUUUGGCGUUUGUCUGUGGUCUUUCAGCUGUAAAUGGUGUGAAGAAACAGGCGCUUGUUUUAAUUGUCCGUCCUCCAGCGAGGUUUGAUGCUGCACUGAGAAGCCGAGUACUGACAGACACCUGUGAAACGGGCCGGGCAGGCUCAGCGACAAUACUAAAUUGUAUACCUAAAUAAAUGUUAAUAUUUA